AUGGUUGUAUUUGCGUGUAAUAAUUGCGGUGAAUCAUUGCAAAAACCUCGAGUUGCCAAACAUUAUCAAUUUCAAUGCAGAAAAAGGAUUUCGCUAUCCUGUGUUGACUGUUUCAAAGAUUUUUUGGAUGAUGAGUAUAUAGCGCACACGAAAUGUAUUACAGAGGCCGAAAGAUACGGAGGUAAAAAUUUUGUAGCCAAAGCUUCGGCGAACAAAGGUGAGAGGAAACAACAAGAGUGGAUUAAAAUUAUAAAUAAUGUUCUGGCCACGUCAAAUCUCACCAAAGAUGAAACAAAUUUUUUAAAAUCAAUUUCCAAACAUGAAAAUGUUCCAAGAAAAAAGGGUAAAUUUUUGAAUUUUGUCAAAAACGCAAUGGGAUAUCGUGUUAAUUUAAGUACUGUCGAAAGCUGUUGGAGUAAAAUUGAAACAGCCUUUAAAGAAAAUGUUUCUGUCAAUAACAAAGAUAAUAAAGAUAUCAAAAAUGGAGAAGAUAAUAAAAAUGGUAUUAUUAACGGUCAAAAUGACAAUAAUAACAGUAAAAAGCGUAAUUUAGAAAAAACUGAAAUAUUAAAAACUGAGACUAAAGAAAAUGUUAAAAAAUGUAAAUUAGAAUUAGAUACUGUUGAAGCUGAUGAAACGAUAAAUAGUGUAAGCGAAGUAAAUGGAGAUAAAUUUAAAUGGAAAGAUAAAAUAAUUGAAAUAUUAGGAGAUCGUGAUGAAAUUUCAUUGAAAAAAUUAAGAAAAAAAUUAUUAAAUAAACAUUUAUCUUGUUAUAAAGAUAAUGAAGAAAAAUUU